AUGAUCUGGGGCGCCGGGCUGCAGUUGCCCAAGGCCCUUCGACAGCUUCUGCAUUGCCUGAUCCGAACCCGGCGGCGGCAGUUCUUGCUACUUUUGUCGGCCGUGCUGGUCGGCAGGCACUUCUUCCAGCAGCGAGUGCAGAACUUCAAGCCGUCGCUUCUCGUGCCGAGGGCACAGCGACGCGGAGAAGGCAAGAAAGCUUCCGAAGGCGGAAAGAAAGAGGUCUCGACCGAGUCGGGCGAUGUUGAGCUUCGAACCGCUUUCUGUGCUGUUUUCCGGGCCGCUGGGGAACGCUGUGGCCGAGGCCCGCAGAUCUCGGCCAAGGCGCGCUCCGGCCGCGAGUGCCACCUUCGCUGCUUCGCAGAACAACGUUUCGCGCAGCUGCGUGCGGACUGGGGGCUCGGCGAGGAGCGCUACUGGGCAAGCUUGGCCAACAGCGGGCUGCGUGGUGGCAUCCAGGAGCCCAGUGGGAAGAGUGGAAGCCUUUUCUGGAUCUCUGGAGAUGGGCUUCUGGUCUUGAAGACCACGGAAGCCGACGAGCUUCAGAAGUUGCUACAGGGUCUCCCUCGAUACGAACAGCACUUUGCCACCUACAAGAACUCGCUGCUAUGUCGGUUUUUCGGUGCAUAUGAGCUGCUUCUGGGACGUCGGCGGGUUCGUUUGGUGGUAAUGAAUAACAUGUUCGCAUGCGCUCUUCAACCCCAUGUAGUCUACGACCUCAAGGGCACAACGGAAGAUCGGUGGGUCAAUCCGCGGCCGGGUACUGUUCUCAAAGACUUGAACUUCGCGGACAAAACCAUUGGAAUUCCUGACUUAAAGCAUAAAGCUGCUCUUCUGCACAUCCUGAAAAGAGAUACGCAGUUUCUGCGGAGCCAGAACGUGAUGGACUAUUCUGUUUGCCUUGGAGUGCACUACUGCGAGGAGAACAGCUAUCCCAACUCAGAGCUCAUGACGCCCGAGCCGGGCAUCUCCUCUUCACUGGCCGUCCUGCGCGGCUAUGAGCCAAAGUAUCAAUGUACGCUGGUACGGAAUCAGCCUUCGCAGAAGGUAGUUUUCUUCAUUGGCAUCAUCGACAUCUUGCAGCAGUUCACUUGGACGAAGGCACUUGCACACACCGUGAAGUCCCUGAGCCUUGGUUGGGUGCACGAGAUCGACACGGCCCCACCAGCUUACUACGCGCGGCGCUUCAAGACGUCUUUCUGUGCGAAGGUGCAGACGUUCCGUGAACCGGAGGAUCGCGUCACGCGCUUCGUCCGACGUCUGCGCCUGGGCAUCGAGAACGGCACCGUGCCCUGUCCUACCUUUGUCAGCCUUGAGCGGCCGCGGUCAGAGACAAAUCCGGAGUUUAGUGCCGACCCCACGGCUGAUGUGACACUGGACGAGGCUGUGGACUUCGCGGUGAGACGCGGUGGGCAACUGCUGGUGGCCCGGCGUGGUCUGCUCCGCAGUCGGGCAGAGGAGGUGGAAGCUUUCCUGGACAUGGAUCGCCAUGCCCUGAUCUUUCAGGAGAUGGCACGGCGCCCUUACGCACGCGGCCGCCGCCCCACGUCGCUUGUAGCUUGCUACAAGAUCCGGCGUGUGUACCUGACCAUUGUCUGCUACAGGCCGCGAGACCUGUACUGCAUGGCAUGUCGCUCCCACAUGAAGAUUGAGGCUGAACCCCCGGAGUCGCGGCGCUUUACAGUGGAGGCGGAUGACGAGGAGCCGCUUCGCUUCACAGCGCCGAGCCGGCGUCAGGCGAAGCUCUGGGUCACAGCCCUGGAGGUGGCCGCCGGCUACGUCGAAGCAAACGUCGAAGACGUCCGAGAAGCACAGGCCGCUGCGCUGGUCAGCUCUGCCAGUGGCAGCCCAGAUGCAGCCUUCCUCUCCAAGCCGGCCUCAGCAGUGCGUGCGGCGCUGCUCGGUUCCUUGGACUUUCUCUUGGAGGAGAAGGAGCUUGCAGUGGUGCUCGGUACAGCGCGGCAGGCGAGGCAUGGGCUGCUCGAGCCAUACCUUCUCGGGCCAGAGGCAGAACGUCGGUGGCAGAAGAGGCGGCUGAAGUGGAUUUUCGGGUUCGUUGAUGCCGAUGGAACAGGAGCACUGUCCAUUGAAAAGAUCAACCUGUUGUGGCAUGAGAUGAACAUCAAUGAAAAGGAGGGCCAGCAGGUCCUCACAGCAUUUCUGCGGGAGGAGCGGCAGGGCCGGCGUUCCGGCGGCGGUCGCCAGAUCGGUGGCGGUCAGGUGCUACGACUCCAGGAUUGGACCAAAAUGCUGUCUCUGGUGGACAGCGCCUAUGUGAAAGCAGUCCACCGGUGCGUGAGGGAUCACCUUCACCUUGGCCGCCCUGCUUCGCGCAGCGCUGGAACGAUGUCGGAGCUCAUGGUGCACGGAGUCAACUCAGAGCCGGCGAUGGUACAGGUGACUGCGGAUGACUUAGCAGGCUUCUUCGUGGGCAUCCAGGGUGUCUGGCCGCCUCCAUCGAAGCAACAAGUCGAAAGGCUGAUUGCACGCCUCCCUGCACCGCUCAGCUCCAAGCAGCACAGCCUCUCUGCAGAAGCGUUGGUGCAGCUGCUUUGCUCACCAGGCAAUGCGCUGGUGGAUCCAGCAAAGCGGUCUUUGUUCCAGGACAUGACACAGCCGCUGUCCGCCUACUUCGUCGACACCUCGCACAAUACCUACCUGGAGGGCAACCAGCUGAGCAGCCGCUCCUCCGUGCUCCGCUACGUGGAGGUUCUCCGCACCGGUUGCCGAUCCGUGGAGGUGGACGUUUGGGACGGCAGCAAUGGAGAGCCAGUGGUCAAGCACGGGUACACUGUGACCACUGAAGUACCUUGA